CCGGCCUGCGGUGAGAUGGACGGCGCGUCAUUAGGGCGGGGCGGCUGCUGCUGCUACAGGGAUACCAAGAUGGAAAUCCAGGGGCUUUCUGAUGCCCAAAACAUCCACUCUCAACAUGGCGCCCUCCACAGAAGCGAUCCGGCUGCCCUCCGCUCCGCCGUAGCCUUGUUGCCGCCAUUGAAUUCAUUGGGAAAUGAGACAGGCAGUCCGCUGGAGCCGCCGGAGCCCCGCAGCGACAGCAACAACAACGCCAGGCCGAAGAGCGCUCCGUUUCGCCUGCUGGGGGAAAAUGGCAGCGGGGGGGCUGGUUCACCAACCACCAGACCAGCAGCCGAGGACCGGGCGCCUCUGGGGCUUCAUAACGUGAUGGACGCCGAGAAAGAGAAUGUGUUCGGCGCCCUUCUGGGCUCCCAGGACUUGAGUAGAACCGAGUGGAGGUUUGAGGACAGCGGGGAGGGGAUGCAGAUGGCGCUGUUCGACGGAGAGGCGGAAGCUCCGGGGUCACGGCAGCAGCGCGAGGCUGACGGCGAGCCGGGGAGGAAAGCCGACAGGCGGCCGCAGGAGCAGUUUGCUGCGUUAAAGGGCGACCGAGCAGAGGCGGGGGGCUCCGGGAGCAGAGCCCCGGCGGAGGGAGGCGGUGACAGCCUGUGCUGUGCGGGGCCGCAGACACUAAAGAGGGCCGAUCUCAGCUUAGUGAGCGAGGAUCCGGACCGCCACACCGUGGAAGAUGUUGUUCUCACCAACAAAUAUGGCGACAAGAUCUGUGGGCAGAUCUGCACGGAAAACGGCGAGGAGAGCCGAGCGGAGCCGGAAGCGGCGCUGAUCCCGCGGGAAGCCAUGGAGGCAGCGGGAGCUGAGGACAGCGGCCCUCCUGCCGGGGACACCUUCUCCGGAACCAUCACCAUCAACAACCAAAGCAUCAUCGUUACUAUUGAGAACGGGGUCCUGACUCUGGCGGCCCCUCCUGAGGGGUUUGUCCACAAAGAGGACGACAUGGUGAGCCUGAAGGAGCAUCUGGGCAUGAAGGACCAUGAGGACAUUGUCCUCCUCAACUAUGACAGUGGGACUAAAUCUAUCGGGAAGAUCAGCACCCUGGCAGCGGCCAGCCAGCAGCAGGAGCCCAGACCUGACUCUGAGCUGGCCCCGCUGGAGGAGGACUGCUCCCUACCACAACUGGGCCCUUCACUGGACUCCUGCUCUGUUGUGAAGCAGGAAGCUGGGGAGCUGUGCGCGGUGACCGAGGCGGACCUCAUCGCUCCAUCCCCAAGAGCCCCGUCGGGGGGGUGUAACAGCGAAGAGUCCCUGCAGCUCAUCCGAUCCAGGAAGGACGCUGCAGCCACCUUUACCUGCCCAGAACCGGGCUGCUCCUCUGCCUUCGACUCUCGGCAGAAGCUGAAGGUCCACCUGCUGAACCACACAGAGGAACCGCGGCCGUACCAGUGCAGUGUGGAGGGCUGCGGCUGGGCCUUCGCCACCUCCUACAAACUGAAGCGCCACAUCCAGUCCCAUGACAAGCAGAGACCUCACACCUGUGAGUUUGAGGGCUGCGGCCGCAGGUUCACCACCGUCUACAACCUGAAGGCUCACGUCAAGGUCCACGAGCAGGAGAACGCCUUCAUCUGCGAGGUGUGCAGCGAGAAGUUCCGCAGCGCCACCCGCCUCACCAAUCACCAGAGGGUCCACUUCGCUCCACAGAGGCCGCACAAGUGUGAAUACCCUGGCUGUGAGAAAACCUUCAUCACCUUCAGUGCACUCUUCUCCCACAAUCGCACUCAUUUCAGAGAAACGGGCCAGUUCUCCUGCACUUAUCCGGGCUGCAACAAGACGUACGACAAGGCCUGUCGGCUCAAAAUUCACAUGAGAAGUCACACAGACCCCCAGUCCCACAGCAGACCCCCAGUCCCACAGCAGACCCCCAGUCCCACAGCAGACCUCCAGUCCCACAGCAGACCCCCAGUCCCAGCGGGAUACAGUUCACUCCUCCAGAACAAGCAGUUCCCUUCUGAACCCCACGGAAUGAAUUCCCUCCAUGGUGGAAAAUGGGUUUUAACUUUCCAGCUGUGUUCAGCUGUGGAUUCUGACCUUAACGUCUGCUUCUUGUCCUCAGGUUGUUAUGCCAAAUUCUCCGCCCGCAGCAGCUUGUACAUUCACUCCAAGAAGCAUAAGCAGGAUGCCAGCUCCCUGAGAACCCGCUGCCCGGUGGCCAACUGCUCCAAGCACUUCUCCUCCCGCAGCAGCCUGAAGAGCCACAUGCUCAAACACCACCACCUCAGUCCUGAUGUUCUCAGCCAGAUGGAGACCACCCCCUCCCUGACUCCCAGCAGCGAGCUGAUCAGCUCCGCCCACUCGUCGGUUGCCGGGCCCGGAGGCGCCGGGCCGGACCAGCUGUCCAACCUGGACCUCAGCUCUCUGUUCUCCUCGGUCCCCGCUGGUGCCGCGCCGAGUGCCGGCAUAGAGGCAGGCCUCCCUGUGGCCGGCAGCGGCUCCAGUGGCGCCUUCACCAUGGAUCUGUCUCUGGUCAGCUCAGGGAUUCUAACCAUAGACCCGUCCUCCAUGGGCGCCACACUUGUUAGCGGGACCACGUUGGCCAAGCCUUUGGACCCUCUUGUCUUGGCUCCUGGUGCCGAGCUGACUCAUCAACACGGACUGGAGGGGGCGGUGGGGGACGUCCUCCCCCCACAGGGAACCCUGAACCUGGACGACGUGCAGACGGUCACCCCAGAGGCCCUGGGGACGCUGGCGGCCCUGACCAUGCAGGGCGCCUCGGUGGACCCCGCCCUGCAGCACCCGCUCGGCUCCUCCAGCGGCCUGGCGGUGGAGCCCUCGGCCGCCUUGGCUGUGGCCCCGGUCCCCGAACUCCUGGCCUCGCCCUCCAAAGUGGUGGAGGUGGGGGGGCAGGGAGGCGCGGGUCACCUGCUGGGCUGUGUGGAGGUUCUGGGUCCGCAGGACGGGGGGAAGGUUCUGACCUCUCAGUUUGUGUUCCCCAGCAGCAGCUUCAGCCCUCAGAAGGACCUGGAACUUUCCGUGUCUCCAAGCAGCUUCCUGGACAGCGGCGGUUCUGCUCGGACCGACUACAGAGCCAUCCAGCUGGCCAAGAAGAAGAAGCAGAGAGGUUCCUCAGCCACGCCUGGUUCCUGUCAGAGAAAAGCCAAAGUUCCAAAGGUUUCUGUGACAUCAUGCGCUGCUCGUUACAGUGACGGAGCUGUAGCAGCCAGCGGGGGUCUGACCCUGAGGGACCCCGUCACGGGGACUCAGUAUGUCCAGAUUCAGCUUCUGCAGGAUGAUCCAGCCAGCGAUGGCGACCUGGCCUUCCAGCUGAGCUCCCAGCCUUCCAGCUCCGACUCCCAGCUCACCGUCGACCUGCCUGUCAACAUUUUACAGGAACCCUCAGUGAUGCCGGAGGACGACAACGGCUCUGACAAUUCCCAGUUCACAGGAAGCACCAUCAACCUCCAGGACUUGGAAUAACGCCUCCCCCGGCCAGCGGCAUGCUGGGAGAUCCCCGUACGGUUAACGGGAGCAGACCAGCCCUUAGGACUCCUCUGAACCGUCGCCUUUUCAAGGGUUUGGACUCUCAUGAUUGGUUGGAGAUGUUUCCACAGAAGAUGCACCUUCAGAUGAUCAGAGACGGUUUCUGUGCUUUUAUUGAACCCAAAACUGAGGGCGCCAUCCUCGACGCCACGGCGCCAGCGCUCCAGUUGCCUUACAGACGCAGCUCUCCUGCUUUGUUUCAUAGCACCAUCAGCCUGAGGAACAUGCCUGAUCACGUGUUUGAUGUACAGCGAGGUUUGAAGCCUUGGUUUGUUUUUUAUUUAUUGAAAUCUGUUCGUUUCCAGGUUGGCUGAGCCAAACGUUCAUGAAUAAAAGUUUCAA